GUUCUGUCAUUGCAUCAGACAACACCAUGCUCCUGGUGGCCCACCUGCGAUCCGGCUGAGCUUGGAUUUAUGAGUUUGUUUGGAUUCGUCGCUGCUGGAUUGAUUCCGUUCAGAGGACCUCACAGUUCAGCGGUGGCUCGUCGACUCGGAACCGCGAUGUGCCAAGAACCGAAGGCCAGACUGUUCCGUUUGUCGCCGCCAGCCUCCAACGGGUCGACGGUCCGCCAGGAGACCCAAACAGAUGACUCAGAAAUCCUGCGAUGCACGGCGAAGGCGCUGAAAGACAGUCACGUCGUCGCGGUGCCCACAGACACCAUCUACGGCUUGGCGUGCUUGGCCCAAAACGCGGAGGCUGUCAGGAAAAUCUACGAGGUCAAAGAACGGAACGGACAGAAGCCGCUGGCCAUCUGUGUCGGAGAAAUUAGAGAUAUCUAUCAUUACUGUAAGGUGAAGGUGAAGGAGGAGCUGCUGCACGAUCUCCUGCCUGGUCCCGUCACUCUGGUUUUCGAAAGGUCUGAGGAGCUGAAUCCAAGUCUCAACCCUUUCACCUCACUUGUAGGCGUCCGUAUCCCAGAUCACGCCUUUUUGAGGCGGCUUUGCCAGAUGUGCGGGGAGCCACUGGCACUGACCAGCGCCAACAUCAGCUCGCAGACCAGCACAGUGGAAGUUCAGGAGUUUCAGGAGCUCUGGUCAAAGCUCGCCGUGGUGGUGGAUGGAGGACCAAUAGGAGACCAGACCCGACAGGGGUCGACGGUGAUCGACCUGUCGGUGCUUGGCAAAUACCGCAUCAUCAGACCGGGCUGUGCCCUUUCUGCCACGCUUGACGUGUUGGAGCACAAAUAUGGACUGUCAGAGGACUGGGGGGAUGAACGACCUUUAAACCUCAAGAACUGCAAGCGCACGCUAAGAUGUCCAACCAGCGCUGACCCGAAGAUACUCAGGAAAGCAAAAAGAUGAGAGCCGGACAUUCCUGUGAAAAUUAAGAAAUGCAUAAAAAUAGAGGAAGAACCAGAGUCUAUUGUCACAGAGGGACGGCUUUCUUCUCAAACGAGUUGCCUUUUUGUUUUUGAAAUUACAUUUUUUUGAUUUUUUGUUUUGUGUAACCGUUAGUAGAGGUUCAAAAUGUCUCGGUUCUAUUUAUUCAGAAAUGGAGUAUGGUCAGCUAAAUGUAAUAUUUUCUCUUUAAAUCUUUAAGAAAACAUUUUACUGUAUGUCUAAAUUAUCCUUCGUAACCCUCUGAAAGGAUUAGACUUCAAUAAACUGUGUUGUAUUGUAAUCAAGCCACGGUUAUUUUAUGGCAGACAGUUUGAAACUCAUACCACUCUUAAUCAUUUAAUUUAUAAAUAGGAUGCGGCCCCCCCGGUUAUUUUUUUGUUUUUGUUUAAGUUGUUCCAUUUGUACUGCAGUUGAGAUUUUUAUUUUUAUCUUAACUUCUUGGUGCAACUGUGCUUAGUAUAUUAUAAUAAAAGUUUUAUUCAACUUUAAA